AUGCUGCAUGUACGCGUGCUGGCGGCUCUCCUGGCAGCAUCCAUCGCGUUGCGAAAAGAUGCCGUCGCGUUCAAGGUCGGAUUGACCCUGCGUUCCUCGUCGUUGCGAUCGCCGAGGCCUCCUGGUGCUGCUGCAUCACGGGCAGCAGAACAGCAGCAGCAUGUUGUUCAACCCAACAGCGGGCGGAGACGGCCGGCGACAAGCAUGUCUCUCCUCCGCACGUUCGAAGCGAGCGAGCUCCAGCUCCAGAGGUUUAUCGGAGAGCUGGGGUUCGUGGAGAUCACCGACUGGGAGUACAACCGCCAGACGUCACCGGUGGACCCUUCGACGCCUUCGAGAACCCUCAACUCCUCGGGCACGACCGUGAGGCUGUUCGAGGCGAGGACCUACGGCAACGCCAAGGUAGUCCUCAAGGAGUUCCUGCCGAAGGGUCUCAAGCUGGCCUACAGGGAGAUCGAGAUCAACGACCGGCUGCAGGACGCGUGGGACCAAAAGAACGGCCCUGGCGGACGCCCCCCAGUGCUCGCCCUGAUGGGGAGCCUUGUCGCCGAUGAGUCCUUCAAGAGCAGGCGGUUCCUGGAGCAGUGGGUCUCCAAGUUUCCGUCGCUGCCGGUGCCGGCGAUUGGGAGCGUCUGGCUGGUGUACCGGUGGGAGGGGCUGUACACGUUCGCCAGCUUUCCCCCUGCCAAGCAGGAGUCGGAGUUUUUCGACGCGUUCAACCCCACUUCCAGGACGAAGCGAAGGGCUACCUUCGUGAAGGAGAUGAUGAGAGGUGCGGCCAACGCCCUGGCUUUCAUGCACGAGUCGGGGGUCGUGCACCGGUCCUUGGGAGCAUCAAGCCUCCGAGUUAACACCCUCGACGAGCGAUAUCCAAGGCAGCUGGAAGUCCUGCUGUCAGACUUUGGGUUUGCUACUCGACUGUCGGAGAUCGAUGACGAAACCAUCCGAAGGGCCAGCUCCGCGGGGGCAACGUCACCGUUGGCAGUGUCCGACUUCCUCUUCCGGGAGGACCUCUACUCCCUCGGCUAUGUCUUCCUAGAGCUAGUCUUCGGCGCCUUCUGCGACGACAAGUCCAAGCGGCCGGACCAGAACUCCCUGAAGCGGCUUCUCGAGGACAUCUUCAAGGGGGAUUUCAAGGCCUUUAAGGACUACUGCCUGACGGAGCCCGUAUGGGAGCCGGCGGUGGAAGUCCUCGACGCAGACCGGGGAAGCGGGUGGGGGCUAGCCACGGCCCUGCUCCAGGCGAGGGGCACGGCAGCGUCGUACUUUGACAGCGGGGGGUACGGCGGCGACUACGACUAUGAAGAAGAGAGUGCUCCGGAAGGGGGCCCCGGGGAUGCGAAGGGGCUGUCCAUGUCGAUGGCCAGCACCCGGGGGGUCUUGUCCCUGCCGUAUUUCACCGACGGGCAGAGAUGA